UCUUUUCUAAUUACAGGUUUGUGAUUUGUGAUUGCUUUGAGAUCCAUACAAUUUUGAAGUUACAGCUAGGUCUAUUAAAGGCAUAGGCCCUUACUGUUGAUUCUUGUACUGAAAGUUGAGGGUGAAGGUAGCUUGGUGUGAAAGUGAUCCAUUGAUUUGGAUCCAUCAAAAUGCCUCCAAAAGGAAGGAAAGCUGAGGAGACUGACAAACAGACUCGAAUUGCUAUUGUCAACAAUGAUCGAUGCAAACCCAAGAGGUGUCGACAAGAAUGCAAGAGGUCAUGCCCAGUUGUCAGGAUUGGCAAACUUUGCAUUGAGGUCACACCCAAAGAUAAGAUUGCAAGUAUAUCAGAAGAGCUUUGCAUAGGGUGUGGUAUAUGUGUCAAGAAAUGUCCCUUUGAAGCCAUCACUAUUAUCAAUCUCCCAAGCAACUUAGAAAGGGAUACAACACACCGCUACUCUCAAAAUUCCUUCAAACUCCACCGUCUGCCAAUUCCCCGGCAAGGAGAAGUCCUUGGUCUAGUGGGAACAAAUGGAAUUGGCAAAUCAACUGCUCUCAAGAUCUUGGCUGGCAAGCUCAAGCCCAACCUUGGAAGAUUUAAUGAUCCACCAGAUUGGACUGAGAUCCUCACAUAUUUUCGAGGUUCAGAGUUGCAGAACUAUUUCACAAAGAUCCUUGAAGAUGACUUGAAGGCCAUCAUCAAACCUCAAUAUGUGGACCAAAUCCCAAAGGCUGUGAAAGGAUCAGUUCAGCAGCUGCUUGACAAGAAGGAUGAGCGUAGCAAUCAGAAGGAGAUCUGUGCAAUGUUGGAUCUCACAAACCUCCGUGAUAGAAAUGUGGAGGACUUAUCUGGUGGAGAAUUGCAGAGAUUUGCCAUUGCCAUUGUCUGCAUUCAAAAGGCCGACAUAUUCAUGUUUGAUGAACCAUCCUCAUAUUUGGAUGUUAAGCAGCGACUAAAGGCUGCUGUGACUGUGAGGUCACUGAUCCAUUCUGACAAGUAUAUCAUAGUUGUGGAGCAUGAUCUAUCAGUAUUGGACUACCUUUCUGACUUCAUCUGCUGUCUCUAUGGUCUCCCUGGCUGUUAUGGUGUAGUCACAAUGCCAUCUGGUGUCAGGGAAGGAAUCAACAUAUUUCUUGAUGGUUUCAUUCCAACUGAAAACCUUCGAUUCCGUGAAGAUGCUCUUGUCUUCAAAGUUGCUGAAUCUGCAACAGAGGAAGAGAUCAAAAGAAUGUGCCGUUACUCCUAUCCAAACAUGACAAAGACCCUGGGAGGUUUUCAUCUAGCAGUGCAAGAGGGAACUUUUACUGAUUCUGAGAUCCUAGUUAUGCUGGGAGAGAAUGGAACUGGGAAGACCACCUUCAUACGAAUGAUGGCUGGACGUCUAGAUCCAGAUGAAGGAAGCAGUGAGGUUCCUCAACUGAAUAUCAGUUAUAAGCCACAGAAGAUAAGUCCCAAAUCCCAGGGAACAGUUAGGUACCUCCUGCAUGAAAAGAUUCGUGAUGCAUAUGUCCAUCCUCAGUUUGUCACAGAUGUUCUGAAGCCCUUGAAGGUUGAUGAAAUCAUAGACCAAGAAGUGCAGAACCUCUCAGGUGGAGAGUUGCAGAGACUUGCAUUGGUGUUGUGCCUUGGCAAGCCAGCUGAUGUAUAUCUCAUUGAUGAGCCUUCAGCCUAUUUGGACUCUGAACAGCGUCUUGUAGCUGCUAAAGUCAUCAAGAGGUUCAUUCUUCAUGCCAAGAAAACUGGCUUUGUUGUGGAGCACGAUUUCAUCAUGGCAACAUAUCUGGCUGAUCGGGUGAUAGUAUUCGAAGGUGAACCAUCAAUGGACACUCUUGCCAGUACACCUCAGACUCUCCUCAAUGGAAUGAAUAAGUUUCUGUCCUCACUUGACAUUACGUUCCGACGAGAUCCAAACAACUUUCGACCACGCAUCAACAAGCUCAACUCUGUCAAGGAUGUGGAUCAAAAGAAAUCAGGAAACUACUUCUUCCUGGAAGAUUGAAGAGGAGGGGGAUUCAGAGCUAGCCUUUCCUCCUCUCUCAUUUGUGACUCUCCUGGAGACCAGAUGAAGGUGAAUGUGAAGGUGAUGAUGAUGAUGGGGUGGGUCAAGUCAUUGUCUUUACACUCCAUGACUCUCCAGGCUGAGAGGAAUGAGGCUGUGCCCAAAUAUAUAGGCCUAGCUCUUGAAUGGUGUGGGCAGAAAUAAAAAUUUCCUUGCUUGACAACAGA